AGUGAAAAGUGGCAUAUUUUGUUCGCCUGGUUCAAUUAAUUCGGAUUUUUUGGGUACUGAAGUGGCCAACCCUCUCGAGUUCGGAGCGAUACGACAGUUAUUUCGUUCCCGGAAGUAAACCGGAGCGAUGACGGAGUUCUGCGAUGAUGUGAUCAAAUUGUUCCCACUACGGGCUAUUCCGGACGUGAUUAAGCUGUUCCGUCAACAGUUGAACAACCGAGAAGAGGAACCAGAUCUAACACUGCUCUCGAUAGUUACCGGACUUAUUGAGCACUCAUUGACGACCAAGGUAUUGGAAUCAGCACCGGCAACGGCAGGUACAGGAAAUCAACCGCAACCGAACGUUGACGGAAUUAGCAAUUUUCCGAUCAUUAAGUACGAUGUUAUCGAAGGAUUGUACAAGAAGUUUAAAUCGGUGCUGGCGCCUAUCGAGAAGCUGCUGGUUAAAAAUACGACGGAUUCGAAGUUUGCCAGUAGGGAGGUGAUUAAGAAAGUAUCUGACAUAAUAUGGAAUUCGCUCCUGCGAAGCUCUUACAAGGAUCGGGCUCAUCUGCAGAGUUUGUACAGUUAUUUGUGUGGGAAUAAGUUGGACUGUUUUGGAGUGGCAUUUGCUGUGGUGGCCGGAUGUCAGAUGCUGGGUUACAGAGAUGUACAUUUGGCUAUUUCCGAGGAUCACGUUUGGGUGGUUUUUGGCAAGACUGGAGACGAGACUAUAGAGGUUACUUGGCAUGGAAAGGGAGCGGAAGAUAAGCGGGGUCAAUCGGUGUCACCAGGCGUAGAGUCUCAAACUUGGCUGUACGUUGCCGGAAAUCCGGUGGUUUGCAAUCGAUACAUGGAAGUGGCUGCAAUUGUUUCCGCCAUCAAUCCAUCGCUGACGGCGACCAGUGCUUGUUUGGAGGUGGCCGAUCUGCAACAGCAGUUACUUUGGCAGUUGUACGAUAUGGGACAUCUGAAGAAAUACCCGAUGGCCCUCGGCUGUUUGGGGGAGCUGGAGGAAGUCUCUCCGACCACUGGUAGAAGAAACUGUGAGGAGCUGUACAACGAAUCGGUUCGAUCGGCACAGAUGUACUACAAAAAUCAUCACGUUUACCCGUACACUUACCAGGGAGGGUUCUACUACCGGAGGAACAUGUACCGGGAGGCGUUUGCUUCGUGGGCUGACAGCAGCGAUGUGAUUCGACUAUACAACUACUCGCGGGAUGACGAAGAAAUUUAUAAGGAAUUUUUGGACAUCGCUAAUGAACUGAUCCCGCAGGUGAUGAAAUUGGAGAGCUCCGGCCAUUCGGCUAAAAGUAUUCUGCGCGAUUCGCACUGUUUUGCCAAUUUGUUACGGUUCUACGAUGGAAUUUGCAUGUGGGAGGAGGGCAGUCUAACGCCGAUCUUGCACAUUGGCUGGGCCAAACCUCUGGUGGCGACGAUCGCCAAAUUUGACCACGAUAUCCGCUCACAGGUGAUUAUCAAGUGUGGAGAACAAUCUCCUCGGAUCUUUCAUCACCAAGUCAAUGGGGAUAAUACGGAGAACCGUAAACCAGUCAGCGGGUCACUUGCCAACAAUAACAACAAUAAUAAUAACGUUAACAAAUCGGACGCGAACAUGGAGAAUGGCAAACCAGGUUUGCCCAAAUCACUGGAGGCUCUGGUUGGUAAGUGUGGGGAAAAGCUUCUGAAUCCGGAUUUUCUGCUGCAGGGUGGCGGCCAACCGUUCACUUCGGAGGACAGUGAGGUAGCUGCGGGUGAAGCCAACGGCAAUACUGCUAAAAACUGCAAAAAAGAGAAAUACAUCGAGAAGAAAGAGGCUGUCGCUACUAAAGUUGAAGUGAAGGUGGAACCGAAGAAAGAAUCACUUGAGCUGGUAGAUUCGGAGGAUGGUGGUCCUAAAAGGCCUCUGAUUACUCUGUACAGUCAGAAAAUGAAAGGUCUGAAAGAUUUGCUGCUGGCGGAAAAGCUGAACACCAACGCCAUUUCGCUGCAGAUCACGGCCCAGAGUCAGGUGCAGGUAGGUGGUAAAAAAUCCCGUUCCCAGACAGGCGGUGGGGCUGGUGUCCAGCAGGGAGGUCCCCAGGAAAAUGAGGCAAACACCCGUUCUAAGCGUGCCCGACGAGAGUAAAGCGGGUCUUCCUAUUCUCAUUAACGGAAACAUUCCCUGAGUUCUGUUUUAUGCUUGAUCUUUUGUGAUUGUUUUAGACUAGUACUACUACUUAUUGGUAUUUCUUGGGCACUUCAAAAGUGCCCAAUUUUAUCUUUGUUAAGGUUGAGAUUUUCACGCUGUCUCCUAAAUAUUCUCGAGCGAGCAUUGUGAUGCCAUUUUUUUUCAAAAAAAAAGCAAACCUAUUUAUAGUUUUAGUCGUUAUCUGAUUCUGUUUUUCUAACCUGUUUCUAUUGUUUCUAUUUAUUGAAGUUUUCGUUGUUGAUUCAUUAGCAAACUAAAUAACAUUUCCUUCUAAAGGAAAGCACAAGAUCCAGACGUCAAGCUUGACGUCUAGCGGUGCACGUCUGGCCGUUUCGUAGAUCUAAUCUAGUACGGUCAGUCAGGCAUCACCCCAAUUUGAGCGGAAGAUGAAUAAUUGUGAAUGAAAAUUAGAGUAUACGCGUAAAUUGGAUAAUUGACUGGAAGUAUUACUCGGGACAAAAGAAAAACUAAAAUUCCGACCUCAAUCAUUAGGAAAAAAAGCUUACGACCGGAAAUUUAAAGUACAAAAUUUUUCGGAGUUUUCUUCUUGGACAAAAUUUUAACAGCUUCUAAAUUAAGGUAGUCGUUCGAACACCAGGAAACAUAAAAAACUAGAAGUGGUUAAUUAGGUACCUUGAAUUGGAUUUUGAAGGCACACAAACUGACGUAAAGCGAAUUGGAACUGAUUGGGCCAUUUUCGGUAUGAAUCUUUAUAAAUUGGAAUAUGUCGGAUGGUGUGAUUGAGGAUGAUUAAUGAUUUCUGAACCAAAAUUUAGUUUAUCGAAAAUGGGAAAAAACAUAAACAGAUCGCAUAUUAACCCAUUAUUGCCCAACCUACUAUAUAUAGUAGGUGCUAAGAAUAACUCCUAUUACUUAAGGAAUAACGCAGAACAGGCAUUAUCAAUGAGUUAAUAUUGUUCAUAUACUCUUACAGAAUACGUUUAGAGAAGUUAGAAUGGUUAAACCGGGUGUUUAUGUUUUGUUUUUAUUCAAUUU